UACAGCUCAGCGAAGUACACGUCACGAAAAUCUGUAAAAACAUAUUUCUGUAUUUUGAGACGUUUGCACAAAAUUACGGAAUUAUACCGCAAUACCGGCACUAUAGGUUUGUAGGUAUAUUAGUCUAUAUUAACCUUUUAUACAAGGCUAUUGCAAUGCAUUGAAAGCUAUCCGGGGUUUACCGUACUGCCGUAACAGUUCAUAAAGUUCGUUACUUUCUCGCGCUCCUACCUUUCAUUAAAAUAUCAUGUUAACAAGAAGAUCAUUACUGCAGUAAAUACCGAAAUACUCAAUUAUAAAAUUGAUAUAGUUGUAUACAGGUAUAGCGGUAAAGAUAUAUCUGUGUGUGGUAUAUUUUUCAGAUUUCAGUAUAUUGUUUACUGCUUUAAUUAAAAUAUCCAGUACCGGUAGUACCUACUGUAUUUGGGUAUUGAAAGAGAACUCUGGGUAAAAGAAAUUUGUGAAUUUUUGUUAUAUGGCAAGUAUGGAAUAAAAUACCUGAAUACACACAAGACAGCAAGAUGGUUUUGAUGACAAUGAUUGCAAGGGUGGCAGAUGGCCUUGCAUUAGCAGCUUCAAUACAAGAAGAUGAACAGGUUGGUCGCAGUCUAACAGAAUAUCAGAAUCAAGCAAAACUGUUAUUUCGAAAAUUAAAUCAACAAAGUCCGGACCGAUGCACUAUUGAAACUCCACCUAUGCUUUUUCACUAUUUGAUUGAUAAGGGGAUAUGUUAUCUUGUUCUGUGUGAAAGAUCAUUCAGUAAGAAGCUUGCUUUUUCAUAUUUGGAGGAGUUAAAAUCAGAAUUUUUUGUGCAAUAUGGAAAUAGAGUCAAUUCUGUUUCUAGACCUUACGCUUUUAUAGAAUUUGAUACUUAUAUUCAAAAAACUAAGAAAGCGUACACUGAUACCAGAACAAGAAGAAAUUUAACUCAUGUUGCGAGUGAGUUACAAGAUGUACAGAGGAUUAUGGUAUCUAAUAUUGAUGAUGUUCUUCAACGAGGAGUUGCUUUGUCAGAUCUUGGUGACAAAGCGAGCAACUUAGCAACGCUAUCGUAUAAGUACAAGCAAGAUGCACACUUUCUUAAUCUACGGUCUUCCUAUGCUAAGAUUGCUGCCAUAAUUAUACUUUUGGUCAUAUUUCUCAUAUAUAUAAGAUAUUGGUGGUUAUGAGUUACAUAACCUUAUACUUUGAUGCUUCACAACUGAUUGCCACUCUACCAGCAGUCAAGAUCUUAUCCUGUAAUGCGCGAUAGAAAUGCCUAUAUAUUUGUAGUUUGUUUUUGUGGAAUUAUUCCCUAUAUUCCAUCAGUCCAGCAGGCUGUUCUCUUCAAGAAAUCACAGAACAUAUUAUAAUCUUCAGCAAGAGUUGAACAAUCACAUACAUAUAUUGUGCCCCAAUUUGUAAUUAAUUGGAAGUAUUCAACAGAUCAGGCUAAAUACAUCCAUCAUUGUUCCUUUUCCUACAUUGUAAUCCUGUUUUAUGUUGUUUGUCUGGUUAAUGUGGCAUUUAUUAAGUGUUGUUUUCUACUACUUGCUCAACAAAUGCGUGGUGUAACUUCACUUCUAAUAUAGUUUGUUGUAUUAUGACAGCCUAUUAUACAUGCAUGAUCUUUUAGCACAAUAUUGGUGCUGCCGAGUGCAAUGCGUGGAAAUCUGUUGUUUAUUAUGACAACUUUAAAAAUUUCAAUUACAUCUAUUUGUAUGCUUGUUGAGGUGCUGAAAAGCCCAUUCAGAAUUAAACCUUAUUUGAAAAUAUAUGAAAUGCUUUUCUGAAUGACUUUA